ACAUGGAAAUAAUCUCAAAUUUUCAUAAUCAAAGCAAAAUGAAGCAGGAAAAGAAAAGAGGACUGAAGAGACGAAUAUAUGUUGAGAAGGAGGAGGAGAUUGCCUCUGCGCAGUACAAUCGAGGCUCGACCGUCCACCCAGCCUCGCUGCCUUGGCAGCGAGGACGUCAUUCAUAUCCGCACACGCAGGGAGAGAGAAAUUACCGUGUUGCCUCAAAUCAGCCAGCACACGGCUGGUGAUGGCGCGGGGAUGGCGCGGCAGUGGCGCUCUCUGAGCUCACUACUGCCGCAGCAGCGGCGGCAGUUGCAGCGAAUCCCCGAGGACGUCGAGGUUGAGGUUGGAGGGCCUCAAUUGCCGGAUCAAUGGAGCGACUGAUGUUUGCUCUCCGGCAGCAUUAGCAGAGGAGUGAGGGAUUUGCAUAUUUUACUGUAUGGUUUUAGUUUGUACUCAACUCGUUGUUUCAGAAUUCCACUAUUCUCUUUCGGAAUUGGCUUUCAGCACUCUUUCUAGUUUCUACAGGUAAGUUCAAACUUAA